CUUCGUGGUCGUUGUACAAGCAGCAAGGCAAUAUCAACAGCUGGCAGCGCACCGCAAGAGCCAGUACGCGCGUUCAUCUCGGAGCGACUCGAAACCAGACACAUCCUAGCACAUCCCGAAUCCGGACGGAAGUGAAGCUAACUAAGGUGGACGCAUCUCUCGCAAGGAAGCCGUACUGCUACUGCUGCUGCCUCGCGACUGGGGUGUUUGUGAGUUGGCUGAAGUUUCGGUGUUUAGAAGCGCGAUCAGUUUCCUAGUCCAUCGUCCUCAGUCGUGGCUGUCAUCGGCUUAACCACCGUUUGUGCGGUUUUAGUUUUGUGUAACGGCAAAGAACAAAAAGAAAUAAACGCUUAGUUUGCCGUUUUGUUGCUGCUGCUACUGUCCGUGUACUGUUGUGUGUGCCGUUCCGUGCCGUGCCGUGUCCCGCCGAUACUCGACUCGAGCUGUGCCGUCAUUUGCGCGCCAUCCUCCACAACAACACAACGCCACAUUUCGAUUGAAAACACGACAGGGAUGAAGUAUUUGCUGCUCUUCUUAGCGCUGGCAGCCUUUGUGGGCGUCCAAGCAGCGAGCCGUUUCCGUCAAGAGUUCCCCGGACCGUACUGUGCGGCGCGUAGGUACGAUCCCUGCUGCCGCGAUCGCCAGGAUGGCUGUUCACAACCAAUAUCCACAACGCUGUGCUACUGCGAUGAGUUCUGUCAACGAGGUGAGCAUGGCGAUUGUUGCCCCGAUUACGAGGAAGUGUGCGAAGGUAUCACGCCGGAACCGGAAAAUGCCACAUCGUGCGUACACAAGAACCACUACUUCACACCGUACCAUGACGUCGUGGUGGACAACUGCAAUACUUGUAAAUGUAACUACGACGGAUCAGUCACCUGUACGGAGGAUGUUUGCCUGGUAGAUGACGAUCUGCUGCGUCAGUUGCAACAUCUGGAACGGUCCGUCGGAUGGAAGGCAACUAACUAUACCGAAUGGUGGGGACGAAAGUAUGACCAAGCCAAGAAGCUUCGUCUUGGCACGUUCUAUCCGAAGGUUCCCGUCAAGGGUAUGAAGCGGAUCACUAACAAGGGAGGUUCGCUGCCAAGGCACUUUGAUGCAAGUGAGCACUGGACUGGACUCAUCGCUGAGGCUCGUGAUCAAGGAUGGUGUGGUUCGUCCUGGGCAUUCUCCACAGCAACGAUGGCUUCCGACCGUUUCGCGAUCCUGUCGAAGGGACGCGAAAUGAUUCAGCUUGCUCCACAGCAGAUGCUUGCCUGUGUGCGCCGUCAGCAUGGAUGUAACGGGGGCUACUUGGACGCCGCUUGGUACUACUUGCGUAAGAUAGGUGUUGUCGACGAAGAAUGCUACCCUUACAUUGCGGCUCAAAAUGUGUGCAAAAUCCAGCCGGGCGAUACAUUGAUCACGGCCAACUGCGAACUGCCGGCUAAGGUGAAUCGAACCGACAUGUACCGAAUGGGACCGGCGCUAAGUCUUAACAACGAAACCGAUAUCAUGACCGAGAUCAAGGAUCGUGGAACAGUGCAGGCCAUCAUGCGAGUGUAUCGCGAUUUCUUCUCGUACCGAAGUGGAAUCUACCGACACUCGGCCGCCGCCACUCCCGCCGACGAACGUUCCGCUUAUCAUUCAGUGCGUCUGAUCGGUUGGGGCGAGGAGCGCGUUGGCUAUGAAGUCGUGAAAUAUUGGAUUGCGAUCAACUCCUGGGGCCAAUGGUGGGGCGAGAAUGGACGCUUCCGCAUUCUGCGCGGAUCGAACGAGUGUGAAAUUGAGAGCUACGUCCUGGCCUCCAAUCCGUACGUACACGAGCACGUCCAGGCUAUACGCAAUGUGGGCGACCUGCAGGAGUUCUACGUCGGAACGGGCUACGUUCCGCAUCCCAGUCGCCGGUACCCGCCAUACGGACGUGGCUAAAAUGGCGUGACCCCAUUCGUCAGCUGGAUGCAAUGCACCGGUAACUGCCGUCAGCACAACUUCUAUCGUGAUCGUUUAUUCGUAUUUUGUCCUGCUCUCGAUGCACGAACGCUUAGCACAAACUUCUUCAUUUUCCAUAUUCUAGCUGUGAAGAUAUGCACAGUAUUAAAGGCGGAAGGGGCAUGCGAGAGUCGCCAUACCCGGUCACGAAAGCCAUAUAAAACAAGAAAUCGAAAUUACAAUUAGCGCCUAGAGACAGCCGGUCAUCGAGCGAGACACCGACACUUUACUUUUAUCAAAGCUUCGACAAAAUUAGUUCGUUUAAUUUAAACAAAACAAAAAAGCCAAAGCGCUUCUAUGAGGGAAAUCAAAAACGGGAGUGUGUAUAAGGGAGCUGUCCCACGAAAUCGACACAAAAAAAAAAAAACAAAAUGCUGCCAUUGCGCUCUGAAGCACUGUCUGUAACCUUAACCAAAACUGCUUUCGAUGGUGUUCAUAGCGUGCAAAAUUGGUGUACCGUUUGAAGAAAUCUUCCAAGUUCUCAGCAUCGCACGCACCGCCACGUGCAUUACUGUUGUUUCUCCCCGUUUCUGAACAAGUUGUAAAUGUUAGGAGAUAGUGAGCGUAACAUUGUUUUAUUCUUUAAGUCCACGAUUGGUUUGCCUUAAAACAAGAAAUAGCGUUAGGUACACGUGUGAAUGUAUGAUACUGCUGUACAGUUGUUUCCUUUCGAACAAAUAUUUCUAUCGAAACGAAGCGCACUAGUCCUGUUGAAGAGUGUUCUCCGUAUUCGGACGUCGUCGACGUUCGUCGUAGUCGUGUGUUGACCAUGUUUUAUGAAUCAAGCAGAUUUUCACCCAAGAAUCUAACACGCACCGUUUUGGACCAUUGCUGCAUUGUUUUCAUGUGUAAGGGAUUUGUGUGUACAUUGGUUAAGUUUUCCCAAUUUCAAUGGUGUCGAAACUGUGUAUACGAAAAAUACAUGUAAAGAUGCUGUUUAUACAAUAAAUUUGGAAAAGCUA